CUAUCUGGUCAAUUUUUUAAGGUCUUCCUCAUAAAAAGAAUUCAGAUAAAUCUCUUUUGAUCAUGUCAAAAUAGAGAAAUUUCCAAAUUUUAGAAUUAAUUACUUUUAAGGAUAUCCUUAAUGAUCCUUUUUUUCUUUUAUUUGAUUUGUCUGUCUAAUUGUAAAUUCUGGGCACAAAAAUGGGGAAACAAAGAUCUCUUCGGAGCAAAGCAGUCAAUCUUGUCUCUGACUUAACCACUGUUCUUCUUAACCCCAUCUCUGAUAAACCCUCUAAGAAGAAUCCUCCCGUACCUGAGAAUGAAACUGACUCGGAGAAAAGUCAUAUUGAGGCAAGUUAUGAGGAGGGUCCUUUACCUUCAGUUGAAGGACCAGAUACCUCAUCUUUCACUGCUUUUCUUUGUUCUCUUUUAAAAGAUGAUUACUUUAGUGCUGAUAAAGAAGAGGGGCAGCAUAACAAAGCAUCUACCAAAUCUGAUUCUGAACAUGAACCUGAUACUGAAACUGAAACUGAAACCGAAAGCGGUGCUGAAAUUAAGCGUGAACUCGUUGUAGAAGAACCUACAAAUGUAAAUCCUGUGAAAGGUAGUGGUGGAAAGAGAGGGUUAUUUUCUAGGGGAAGACAGUCCCUUGGUAAAGCUAUGGGUUAUGCUGCUAGAAUAGCAUUAUUCCGAAAUCAACCAUCUAAUUCUGAAGUUAAAAAUGAUGAUUUAAAUGGAUGCCAAGACGGAGGAAGUUUAAGGCCGAUGGAGAAUACAGACGAAGAACUCCCGGACAUGUCUGACAAUUCAUUGCUUCUUUCACAGAAAUCUCGUGUCACACUCUACGCUUCUCUUCCUGCCCUUGUCAAAGGGCGUAAAUGGGUGUUACUCUACAGCACUUGGAAGCAUGGCAUAUCGUUAUCAACCUUAUAUCGGAAAAGCUUGCUGUGCCCUGGCCUGAGUUUGCUGGUGGUUGGUGACCGAGGAGGUGCAGUGUUUGGCGGUUUGGUUGAGGCUCCUCUUAGACCGUCUAAAAGCAAGAGGUAUCAGGGAUCAAAUAGCACAUUUCUUUUUACAGAUGCUCUCGGCCAGCCGUUAGUAUAUCGUCCCACAGGUGUAAAUCGAUAUUAUACAUUGUGUUCGCCUGAUUUCUUGGCGCUAGGUGGUGGUCGUCAUUUUGCACUAUACCUUGAUAGCGAUUUGUUGAAUGGAUCAAGCGCAGCAUCUGAAACCUAUGGCAAUGCUUGCCUUGCCCGCUCAGAAGAUUUUGUGGUAAAAGAAGUCGAGUUAUGGGGCUUUGUCUAUCCUUCGAGAUAUGAAGAGAUACUAGCUUUAAGCCAGAAUGAGCUUCCUGGGAUUUGUAGAUGGUGAGCGGUAAACAGUCAAUAAGAAUAUGUUCUGCAAGAGUUAUUAAGAUUCUUGGAUCAUGUCCUUUUCAGGUCCUAGACUGCUAGGUUCUCUUAUAACUAACUUGCGAAUGCCCAACAUUGUAUAGAAGUAUAUCCAAAUGUAUCCAGUAUUGACUGUAGUAUCAGAAGUCCAUGACUACGGGAAGAAAAUUCUUAACUACUACUACGUUUGUACAGUUCAUAUGAUGUUGUACGUAAAGAAGGAAUUUUUUUUGUUUCUGUUGCAGUUAUAUUGUCCUUAUAGGCUUUAGAUUUGAGAGUUUUAUGUGUGCUUGUAAUGACUCAUGACUGUUUUGAAUUCAGAAUAGAAGUUGAGAACCAAUAUUAGCCCUGCA